ACCUUCGAUAAAUCCCGCAGCGUUCUACCCUCGCCUUGUUUUGCGUCAGUCAACUUCCAUCCGUGCGGCAGUUACUUGUGAUCUUAGACGUAGCGUUCGGUGCAUAAAUGAUCCUUUUCUUGUUUUCAUUGUGGUAUGCCGAUAACGGCAUUCAAAACUAUGAAUAACUUACCCUCCAUACCUCCAUUACCGAUUGCUCCACCCACCACACCUUAUUUUACCUAUCAACCAUCUCCUGAGUUGCCACAGACCGAUGUACCGCCAACUAAAGUGAGGGAUCUGCGCCCAGGAAUGAGAGGCGUUAACCUUGAUGUGGUUGUAAUUGAUAAAUACGUAAUUGAAUCAAGAAAAGGUCCAAGAUUCCUUUUCUGGGUCGGUGAUGAUAGUGGGUCAGUCAUCCUUUCGUUGCUGGAUGCAGAUAUUGGUCACAAAGUGCAUCAAGGGAAUAUGUUACACUUGAUUAACUGCGAAUCCCGAUUUUUCAAGGGCAGCCUGCAAGUUGCUCUUUACCCUAAUACAGGCAAGCUCGAACGAUAUGCUGACAUGCUGCAAGCCUUUGAACCAGAGCCAAAUGUCAGUCAUUAUUUGUGGGAACCUGACGGAACUCGAGCGGGCGCAUGGACUCAGCGAGAACCCGAGACAAAGUCUAUGACUUGGUACAUCCCACCUCCACAUCCCACCCUCCGUCCGGCAAUUCUCCCCCGGCAACAACCUUUGCAACACGCUUUAUCUGCUCAGCCGCAACAACCGCCUUCAUAUCCACCAAACCAGCAGCCUCCCAACCACUUUGUUGGAUCACGUGGUCCACCACCAUACCCGAACGAACGCUUCCGUCCACCUCCGUCCGUACACCAAGGCCCAGAUCGGUCAAGAAGACCUGAUAAAAGGGCAAGGAUAGAGUGACACAGUACACUUGAUUUAGUGCUUGCGCUGAGAGUGCGCAUCGUUCCUUUGGUUUUCCUUCCGCUAUCAGAAGGAUGCCAGAAUCAUGGGAAGUCCUGUUGGAUUGCCAUGGCCACAAAACCCCUCAUCGCGAAAUGCGUGAUGAACAUCAGAGAGACUGGAAAUUCACAAACGGACAGUAUGAUUCCAAAAAAUCUGACACUCCAUCGGACGGUCCACCUUUGUAAGAUCCAUCUUAAUGACGCACAUGCGUGUCCAAAAUACCCAUUGGUUGGAGCAAAAUCACACAACAGUAGCUUGGUUAGAGGACAAUGACAGACGAAAGACGUCUGCCUUGUAUGGCCUUGUCCCCUGCGAGCAGGGCCAUGAUAAAAUCCACAAUAUGAAAUGUUAAGGAGCCAGAACAGAUCUGGCGCAACUGGGCGGUUUGAACGCCUUUGGCAAUGUCAUAGCGACCGCGUUGUUAAGAUCAAGUGGCACAGUCGCGUAGAAAAUUCUGUUCCAAAUUGAAACAAAAUUUUCCCACACUG